ACGAACGUAAACAAAAGCUCGACCUGUGACCGCGACGUGCCGGUCUGCGUUUUCUCGCCCUCUUAUCAAAUCCGAUCCGCAAUCGUCGAUUCCUUCCUUAUCGGUCCGUGAGGAUGAUCCAUCCUUUGCUGCGCGCCUCCCGACGUCUUCGCAGCUUCCGCGGCGCGUGGUCCUCUAGCAGCGCAUCGGCCCGCCACUCGGCGCCCGUGCCGGAGGUGAGUUCGGCCGAGAUCCGGCGGCGGUUUUUGGACUUUUUCGUGCGCGACCAUGGCCAUCGGGUGGUGCGGUCCAGCCCGGUGGUUCCGUUCAGCGAUCCGACGAUUGCGUUCGUCAACGCCGGGAUGAACCAGUUUAAGAGUGUGUUUUUGGGGGAGCGGGAGGCUCCGUGCAGGAGGGCGGUGAAUUCGCAGAAGUGUGUUCGGGUUGGGGGGAAGCACAAUGAUAUUGGGGUGGUGGGGACGGAUGGGUACCAUCAUACUUUUUUCGAGAUGCUGGGGAAUUGGUCGUUUGGGGAUUACUUUAAGCGGGAGGCUUGUGAGAUGGCGCUGAGUCUGCUGAAGGAUGUUUAUCGGAUUGAUGCGCGGAGGAUGUACGUGACGUACUUUGGCGGGGACGCUGCGAUGGGACUGCCGGCGGAUCUGGAGUGUCGCGAAAUCUGGGCCAGCUUGGGGAUCCCGGAGGAACGAAUCUUGCCGUUUGGAGCGCGGGACAACUUCUGGGAGAUGGGUAGUUCUGGGCCAUGUGGACCGUGCACCGAAAUUCACAUUGACCACUCGGAUCAGUUUGGGAACGUGGCCGAGCGGAGCCGUGUAAACGCCGGACUGCCAGACCUGACCGAGGUGUGGAACGUUGUGUUUAUCCAGUACAAUCGGGGGUUGGGCGAUGGACGGAUUACAGAUCUUCCUCAGCGGCACGUGGACACGGGUUUGGGUUUGGAGCGGCUUGUGGCCCAUCUACAGCAAAAGAAUAGCAACUAUGACACGGAUUUGUUCGUUCCGUUGUUUGAACGGAUGGAACAGAUUUCAAGAAAGGACAAAUACCAAGGCGUGUUUGACGCCCGACAUAGGAACUACGAACUUGACACCGCGUAUCGAAUCGUGGCGGAUCACACGAGGAUGAUAACCGCAUGCCUGUCCGACGGAAUGUUCCCAUCACAAAGCCAUAAACUUCGUCGGAUUCUACGCCGCACUCUUUCCCUGUCCGAGCGCACCUUCGGCAGUCCUCACCUUCUGCGCGAACUAGUCCCCGUGGUGGUGGAGAUCCUCGGCGAAACCUACCCGGAAAUGGACAAAAAACUAACCGAAUCCCUUGCGAUCAUCCGCCACGAGGAAGAAUGCUACCGGCAGCUCCGAUCCGCACUGACCUCCGAGUCACGUGACCUUCUCAAACGAAACCCCUGGAUCGACGAGUCGGAACUAAUCGACCACCCGGGGCUACCGCACGCCCUCAAGGAGAUUCGUAAACUAAACGGGGCGAACAAACUGGACGGAACGUUUAUCCACAAUAUGUACGACACGUACGGACUGGACGAAGACCUUCUCGAAAAGAUCGCCAAUUUUGAACGACUGGAACUCGAUCUAGCAGGGUACGAAACCUUCUCCAAGCAGCUCAAGCAAGGGGCCAAGCUGGAACUGGCCAACCAGCUGCAGCAGAGCCUCGGCAGAUCGCGCGAACUGCUGAGCUCCACCCAAGCCGGUCCAACUCGAAACGUGUACAAGUACAACUACGUCUACAACGGGGACAAGCAAACGUACGACGUUCCUCAGCUGAAAACCAAGAUUACCUCAAUAGUAAGUCGGCGACCUCGACUUUACUUCGAGGCCGGCGGCCAGCAAAGUGACACCGGACGAAUCUGGCUCGCGGCGGAUCCGGCCGUACAGUUUGAGGUCAAGUCCGUCGGCGUGCCAGGUUAUGUGAUACAUUCCGUCGAAGACGGAGCCGCUACGGGAUUGAUCUCCGUCGGGGACGAAGUCGUGCUAGCGGUUGACGCCGCAAGGCGAACUUCCAACAUAAUUCAUCACACGGCGACGCACCUGCUGAAUGCCGCCACCAGGAAGGUCCUGGGCGUGCCAAUGUGCCAGCGAUCGAGCGUCGUCGGCGACAAAGGUCUCCGGUUGGAACUGGCCGUUUGUGGCGCCAAAGUCGCGGACGAGGUCGAUGCCAUCGAGACCAUCGUCAGGCAAAGCAUUCGCCAGAACGAACCCGUCCGAAUCCGAGUCUGCAACGCGUCAGACGUAGACCUAAACAAGGUCACCACCAUCCCCGGCGAGAUCUACCCCGAACGAGGUCUCCGUCUCGUCGACAUCGGCGCUUCCACCUCAACCGAGUUUUGCUGCGGAACCCACGCCCAACAAACCGCAGAACUGCAAGAUUUUUGCAUCACCAACCUGGCCCAGUCCAAACCCGGCUGCUUCACCUUCCACGCCAUAGCCGGCGAACCGGCCGUCAAAGCUCACCAACUAAGCGCCCAAAUCGGCAACGACGUCCGCCAGCUCAAGCACGACAUGGACCAGCAAACCAUCAGCGACGUGCCCAACAUGGACGCCCGCAUGCAACGCCUGAAAAACGUCCUCCUCGUCGGCUCCGAAAACAACAUCACCCUCCCGUUCGCCGAACGCCAGCGCUGUCUCGACAUCAUCAACGACCUGUUCAAACGCCUCAAGGACCACACCCGCGAGUCCCUGCGCGAACUCAUCGACAUCGAGAUGAAGAACCUCCAGCAGGAACGACCCCUCUCCGCCCACCCCUUCCUCGUGCACUUUCUCGAAUCGUCCAUCAUCAUGGAGGAGGUUCAGCUGAGCAAAGCGACCCGGUACUUCCCCGAUCGCCCCGUCCUGGUCAUCAGCAUCACCGACGACCUGGUCAAGGCACGCGCCUGUGUCCCCGCCGCCUUCCAAACCACCCAGUUUGACGCCCAGCAGUGGCUCAAGUUGGUGGGGGGUGUGUUCAAGGCGGGUGUUGCCGCUCCCAAGGGACAAAAUGCGGCCGAGGUGUGCAACAUGAAGAGCAGGAAGGUCAAGACGUCGCAGUUUGAGACGCUGCUGGAGCAGGCACUUCGGGAGGCCAGCGACUAUGCCCGGGAGCACGUCAAGAUUUGAAGAGACGGACGAUUAUUCAAACAACCACGGAUGUUGACUAGGUUCAUAGAAAGAGAUUAAAGAUACUUAACUUUUAUAUAA